CGACUCGCCGCCCCGCCAUGCAACCAACAGAUGUCCCCACCACCGCCACCGCCCACACCACCCCCGCCAAAAGCCCUCCCGCCCGCCAAAUACCCUCCCCUCCAGCCCAGCUACAUCCUCCGUGGCCACGCGCAGCCAAUCCACUCCCUCACCUUCCUCUGCAACAACACUCACCUUCUCAGCGCCGAUGCCGCCGGAAUUUGCAUCCUCUGGACACUGUCCACGCGCCGGCCGCUCGCGGUCUGGGCCAGCCACACCGCAUCGAUCCUCUCCGUCGCGGAGUGGACUCCCGUGUCUCCUAGCGGCUCCACGGACCAGCGAAUCAUCACACAUGGCCGCGACCAUAAACUGCGCGUAUGGAAGUUUCCCCGGCCAUCCGACGAUGUAGCCAGCGCCCUCCCCAUUGACAACGGCGGCUCCAUCACCGGUCGCGCACCAUGGUUAGUCUCGGCCCUCUCGGUGAACGCCCUCAAUUUCUGCGGUUUCGCCCACUGCCCCGUCCGCGAUGAAGACCCCGACACAGAAGGCUACACUCCAACCCUGAUAGCCGUUCCCAGUCCCCUCGAGAGCGCGGCGGUGGAUAUCUUCUCCCUGCCGUCUACGACCCGCGUUCACGCACGCAUUCAGGCGAGCACGCAGACGGGCAUGGCCAUGGCCCUCUCCCUCCACUGGGUGGCAGAGGUGCUGACCCUCAUCGCCGGCUACGAAAGCGGUCACGUUGUUGUCUUCUCGCAUCAAGAGGGCGUAUGGAACGAAACAUACAUCUCACAGGCGCAUACGCAGCCAGUACUUGGCCUAUCCGUUGCGCCACAGGGGGAAUGGAUUCUUACCACUGCAGCGGAUGCACUACUUGUCCGGCAUGCAUUGGGGCAAGAGGGAGCGGGAAAGAAGGUGGACACGAAGCACGCUGGACAGCAAGCCGUUGCUGUCAGAAGCGAUGGCAAGAUCUUUGCUACUGCGGGCUGGGACGGACGGUUCCGCGUGUUCUCGGCGAAGACCAUGAAGGAGCUUGCGGUGUUGAAGUGGCAUACGGUUGGGUGCUACGCUGUUGCUUUCGCCGAGAUUCUUGCGGACAAAGAGGGAGAUGGGCAGGCGGGGACGGAAGUCGCGAGACCACUGAGCGUGGAUGAGGCGAGAGUGGGACGCGAGAGUGGAAAGCAUUGGAUCGCGGGAGGCGCGAAGGAUGGGAAGGUCAGUCUGUGGGAGGUCUACUAGGCCGAGGCCGAGUCGCGGAUGGUCUCGAAUCCAGACAUAUCUACCCCAGGUUCUCACCAUUAACUAUGCGCACUCCACUACCGGUAAGCGAAGCGAUUGUCGAAAAUCUGUGAUCUCGGCGGUCCGAGGGGUACAUACCUAUGUACUCAGGGAUAGGGCGACUUGGCUAUGGAACCAGAUCCAGAGUCACCAGGGGUGUAUGAUAUGAUUCUAUAGGUUCAUGAACUUUGAGAAGGAGGGAGUGUUGGGUUUCAACCGCAUGCAAUUGGGGGUACAUAGAUCUUGGAAUUCGGGAGUUCGGGGAGCUGUUUUUAGCCAAUAAGUUUGUGGUCACUGGUGCAUCACUGUAUAUGCCAUAGCUAUCCAAGUUAUCCAAUAGCGGAGGAGAGAAUAGUCGGUAAAUAAGAC